AUGGCCGGCGGCACGGGCAGCAAGUUCACGGCCGCGGCGACUACCACCGCCGGCGUUGCGUCCAUAGCCGCAACGCUGCUCUCAAUCAUCAAGAACUAUCGGAAACCUCUCCUCCAACGAUAUGUCGUGCGCAUCCUACUGAUGGUCCCCAUCUACUCCAUUUCAUCAUGGGUUAGCAUGGUCUCUCUGACGGCCGCCUCCGUUCUCGACCCCAUCCGGGAUAUAUACGAAGCCUUCACCAUCUACACCUUUUUCCAGCUGUUGAUCAACUACAUGCACGGCGAGCGCUCCCUCAUCAUCAUGACACACGGCCGAGCCCCGGUCCACCACCUCUGGCCACUCAACCACGUUCUGCCCAAGGUCGACAUAUCCGACCCGUACUCCUUCUUGGCCAUCAAGCGGGGCAUCUUGCAGUACGCCUGGCUGAAGCCCAUACUCGCCAUCGCCGCCAUAGUCAUGAAAGCCACGGGUGUCUAUCAGGAAGGCUACAUAAGUGCGACUUCUGGAUACUUCUGGAGUGGUAUCAUUUACAACAUUAGCGUCACCGUCAGUUUAUACUCCCUCGGCCUCUUCUGGGUCUGUAUGCACCAGGAUCUAGUGCCCUUCCGUCCUGUGCCCAAGUUCUUGUGCAUCAAGCUCAUCAUCUUUGCCUCGUAUUGGCAAGGCUUUUUCUUGUCCAUCUUGGUCUGGCUGGGCGCCAUCCCCGACGAUGUCCAGGGCUAUACGUCGGACAACCUGGCUGCUGCCAUUCAAGAUGCUCUCAUCUGCUGCGAGAUGCCCAUCUUUGCCGUUGCCCACUGGUAUGCCUUCUCGUGGCAUGACUUUGCCGACAACAGCAUUUCAGCCGCAAGGAUGCCCGUCAAACAUGCCGCACGCGACGCAUUCGGGGUAGUUGAUCUUAUUGAAGAUUCCAAGGAAACGUUCAGGGGCGACAAGUACAGCUACCGAGUGUUUGACUCGACGGGGAAAGUUAUUGCCCAUGAGGAUUCCAGCUCCAGGUUCGCAAGACUGAAGCAGGGUAUGCGAUACAAGCGGGGAGGCGAGGCCAAAUACUGGAUUCCACGGCCUGAGGAAGUCAGGGGCGAGGUGAGCGCAAAUACGCCGCUCUUGAACUCGAAUGGUGGCCCAAGCGGUCAGACGCCCAAGUAUGCCGGCGGUGCCACUGAUGAGACAAACCUUGACCCUGAUGACGAGAGUCUCUACGAUAAAGCCCGAGAGCUGGAGUUCGGGGAUUGGAAUUACCCUGUUAUCACAGCCAACAUACCGUCACGGGAACGCUGGGUUGCCCAUGCUUCUGUUUACCAGGUCCCUUCUGGUGCAUGGAACGCCGUCGGUGGGGGUAUAUCGGUGCAUAGCAGCAGACCACAGGCUCAGUCGUCAGCCAGUACUGAUACAUUGAGCAACAAGUUGAAAAAGGGGAAGGGGAAGGAAAAGGAGAAAGAAAGGAAAAAGGGCUCGUUUGACGUACCUUCAGCAGGAAGCCCCACAGAAGCUCGAAAGCCCGUAGCAGAAGAAUCGGCGGCAUCGCAAGCACAGGGGCCUCUUGGGGCACCAGUUCUCGAGACUUCAGACCCGCAGAUUCUACAGGAGGAGGCGGAUGAGGAAGCGGUUGAAGACGCAGUCGAGGAAGAAGAUGAGACCUUCCAGAUAGGGGAGCCGACUCCAGACGAGACCGAGGACUCGAGGAGUCCCCUGUAUGGAUCCGGUCCCGAGGAUGAGUUCCAGAAUCCUUGGGGGAGUAGCCAUUGA